CAUACAAGAACGGUAUGUUUUGGGUCCGAGGAAACACGUUGAGGCGAUAGACGUGAAGGAUUCGUCAUCGUUAUUUAAUCCGUUAAUCCAUAAAUCUAAAAACUGACGAUGGGGAAGAAAGGUGCCAAAGGAACCGGCCUCGGCAGGAGUAUCAUCAAGGACAGAUUUGCGGGCAGACAGAAAGCAGGAUCUUCAUUAUUGCAUACUUCAGAAUUAGAAGAUGGACAGGAGUGGAACCGGAUCAAUUUCAUGUCCAUUACUGAGCAAACUGAUGUGGACGAUUUCCUAGCAACAGCUGAGUUGGCAGGUACUGAAUUUCAGGCUGAAAAGCUCAAUAUAAAGUUUGUGCCUCCAAGUUCAAAGUCAGGAAUGUUAACUGAGGCAGAAAAAAAGAAAAUCAGAGAAGCUCAAGACGCAAAUAAGAUGCAUCUGAGAAUCCCCAGAAGACCACAUUGGAACAUAAUGACAACUCCAGAAGAAUUGGCUCAAGCAGAACGUGACAGUUUCCUAGAAUGGAGGAGGAGUUUGGUGCAACUUCAAGAGGUGGAGGGGCUUACCCUUACUCCUUUUGAGAAGAAUCUGGAGUUUUGGAGACAAUUAUGGAGAGUUAUUGAGAGGAGUGAUGUUGUAGUGCAGAUCGUUGAUGCUCGUAAUCCAUUACUUUUCCGCUGUGAGGAUCUGGAAACUUACGUUAAAGAAGUGUCAAAAGAAAAAGAUAACCUAUUGUUGGUUAAUAAGGCUGAUUUUUUGACCAAAGCACAGAGAGAAACCUGGGCAAAGUAUUUUAGAGAAAACAAUAUUAAAGCAGCAUUCUUCUCAGCACUUAGCAGCCAAGAGCUAGAUGAAAUACAAGAGGAAGAAGAUGACAAUGAUGAAAGAUUACUUCAAGAUGAUGAAGAAGAAUCAGAUGAAGAUGAUGGAAAUGGAUUAGGUCAAGAUCAAGAGGAAUUAGACUCAGUGGAGCAUAAAAAAAAUACACAUGACUCCAACAUUGAGGAGUGUAGAAGGGAUCUUGAGGAUCUUUCUGUGAAACUGAAGGCAGAGGAAUGCUCAUCUUCAAAAUCUGUGGACAAUGCAGUGGAACCAGUUGAAGAUAAAAUUGCAUCCAGUUCUUGCGCCAUAGACACUGACUUUGUUACAUCAGAUCAUUUGUUCAGCCGGACUGAAUUGAUUGAGAUGUUUAGAACAAUUCAUACAAAGAAGAGAGUGUCAGAAAAAGCAGUUACCAUUGGUCUUGUAGGAUACCCCAAUGUAGGAAAAAGUUCAACUAUAAAUUGUCUCCUGCUAGAAAAGAAAGUUUCUGUUUCAGCCACACCAGGAAAAACAAAACACUUUCAGACACUUUACCUGACAGACAACAUCAUCCUUUGCGACUGUCCAGGACUAGUGUUCCCAGGAUUUGUGAGCACCAAGCAGGAAAUGAUAAUCUCAGGAAUUUUACCUAUUGAUCAGAUGAGAGACGAAGUCCCUCCAGUUAAUCUUGUUGCAAGUCGCAUCCCACGAAGUGUAAUUGAAAAUAUCUAUCACAUCACUCUGCCCUCACCAAAAGAGGGGGAAGAUCCUGACCGCCCACCUACGUGUGAAGAACUUCUGAACACUUAUGGGUUUAUGCGUGGAUUCAUGACCAAGCAUGGCCGCCCUGAUAAUCCACGCACAGCCCGAGUUGUUCUUAAGGACUACAUGAAUGGCAAGCUUCUGUAUGCUCAUGCUCCACCUAAUGUCUCACAGGAGGAGUACCACAAGCACACACUUACAAAGGUUCAUAAAUCAGGACCAAGUAAGCCAACCCCACAACAGCUAAAAAAUAUGCCCUACCAAGCCAGAUCAGAGGUGGUAGACCAGAAAUUCUUUGAAAAACAGGUUGCCUCUUUUCAUAUUAAAGAUACAGCCAGAAGAAGUGGUGCACAACCAGCAGUGAGAAUUGCAGGUAAUGAUGGCCCUAAAACCAAGAGGCAAAAGAAUUUCAAGAAGAAAGAAAAACUACGUCGACGAUACGCACAUCUGGAUGAAUAAGAAAGUCUUCUUGAUCUCUUUCUCAAUCCCUCUCUCUCUCUCUCUCUUGGUGAAUGUGGCGUGUGCCUGCAUGAGUAUGUGUCUGUAUGCAUGUUUUUUUGUUUAUGUAUAUGCUUGUGUGUGUCUGUCAUGCAGCUUCAUGCUAUAGGAUAUUCUGUGAAAUCUUUCUACAUAUAUAUGCAUAUAUAUUUUUAUGUAGACGAAACAGCAUCGUUGAGAAAUAUCUUGUUUCUUUGUUGUAAAGUUCAAGAUCUUAAUUGUCAUGUAUCAAGAAUGAUAUGAGAAUGGCAGCAAAAGAUAAUGGUAAAAAGGAAGGAAAAACUAUCUUUUGCCAUGGUGGUUGUUAUUCAUUUCAAUAAUUUUGAAGGUACGUUUGCCUCCUGAUGCUUUACCACAUCUGUAGACAUAUAACUUAUAAAAAAACAAUGGUCUCUUCUCUGCAGGCAUAGUGACUUGACUGGUUGAAACUUUUAUCUUGUUGUCAUGUUGACAAUUAUUCAGCUGCAAACAAGCAGAUCGAAAAAUUGAAAGAUAAUUUAUGAAUGUCAUAGUCACUAAAGCUUAUGUCUAGAAAUUAUUGCUGUUCUUGCCUUCGUAAUUUUCUUAUAAAUGUUGGAGAAGGAUAUUUAUGUACAAGACUGCAAAUAAACAUUGUCAAGACUUUUAUCUUUU